ACAGCGUGAUGUUCUGAUUCCAAUGCAGAUCAUAUGGACAUUUUCAGAGGAGCUGUUUUACCUGGACAGUGAGAGAACCUGAAUUUUUCACUAACUCCUUUCUUUGGCUCUGUGACAAGAGAAAACUUCAGUCAGCUUUGAGCAUUGGAUGCCUCACAAUUUGUUGCACAAGGCGUAAGGUUGUGUACUCACAUUUUGUUGGACAAAUUCCUUUUACUUUUUUGAGACAGUCCAGGAUAUAUUGUAUUAUGUAAUUUGUGUUCAGCAAUCACAAUGGCAUUAAAAUUAUGGAAGAUUAAUAUUUUAUUUUUCCUUAUGCUGCUUUUUACCGUGAUGAACCUGUUUAGCUACAUGUGGACUAAAAUACCUCAGCAAUGCAAUGUAGUGACACCAGCCUCAGCUCAUCACAGUAUGCCAAGUAUCAGACCUUUAAAUGAACCCUUGGUGGCUAAGAAGAGACAGUUGGUCUACAUUUUCACCACCUGGAGAUCUGGCUCUUCCUUUUUUGGGGAGGUCUUCAAUCAGGAUCCAGCAAUAUUUUUCCUUUAUGAGCCACUGUGGCAUAUUUGGAAAAGAUUGUACCCUGGGGAUGCCCUUUCUCUUCAAGGUGCAUCUAGGGAUAUGCUGAGGUCGCUCUACCAUUGUGAUUUCUCAAUUUUUGAACUUUAUCACUUUCCUGUGGGCAACAACUUCACCACCAAUGACAUCUUUUUAUCAUUUCUCAACAAGGUGAUCUGCUCUUAUCCCAUUUGUUCUGCCUACAGAAAAAAUGUGAUUAAACAGGUUGAUGAGAAGGUAUGCAGUAAAUGCCCUCCUCGAAACUUGAGGUUGCUGGAGAAAGAGUGCCUGAAGUACAACACUAUAGUUGUUAAAGGAGUGCGCAUUUUUGAUCUCAAUGUUUUGGCUCCCUUGUUGGAAGACCCCUCCAUGGAAAUUAAAAUUAUCCACCUGGUGAGAGACCCCAGGGCAGUGACCAAUUCCAGAAUUAGGUCGGUGAGAAUUUUAGAGAGGGAAAAUAUUCAUGUGGUAAAAAGCAGAAAUUAUAAAAGUAAAAAAAUAUCUUUUUUUAACAACUUUUCAAAAAGGAGCAAACUUUUUGUACAUGAUUAUCAUUCAGCAGAAACCAUGGAUAUUAUAUGUCAACAAACAGGCAAUACCCUGCUUACAGUUCAGAAAUCACCAGCAUGGCUUAAUGGAAAGUACAUGCUUGUCCGCUAUGAAGACUUUAUACAAGAUCCAGUUAACAGAUUGAAGGAAAUAUACAGUUUCAUAAAUAUUCCACUGAUCCAUGGCAUUAAAUUAUUUGCUUUCCAAAUGACCAGAGGUCCAAGUGGCUCUUUCAUGCCAUUUGUAGUUUCCUCCAGAAAUUCCACCAUAACAGCAAGUGCUUGGAGGAAUGGGUUAACAUUUUCUCAAAUCAGUCAAGUUCAAGAGUUGUGCUCUUUUUCCAUGGACAUACUGGGAUAUAAGCUGGCUGAUUCCGAAAAAGAGGUCAAAGAGAUUAGCAACUCACUGCUGUUACCUCCCAAACUCUGAAAACAUGUCCAGAAGUGAUUAGUGGCUGGAAAAGCUACAGAGUUUUGGGGUUCUUCUUUAUACAGUAACAGUGCAGGAAAUGAAAUUCUCCCUGUGCCUAAUGGUUGACAGGACUAAUUAGAUGUUUCCAAUCUGCAAAAAUAAAGGGAGCGGUGAUAAUGAAAGAAAACUGAACAGAGCCAGUGACAGAAGUAUUUUACCAUUAUGGUCAUUUGAAUUUUACUUUGUUUUGUGAUGUGUCUUGCUGGUGAAUUCUGGAAAAAAUAAAAAGACAAGCGAAGCAUGUCUGUCAGACAGGUUUGGGGAACAUAGCUCUUUCUUAUUGGACUAAAUCACAUUCUGGUUAUUAUUUCAUAUUAUGAAUGAGUUCCUUCUGUUGGAGAACUACGUGAGUCUGAUGAACUGAACGUAUGUUCAUAAACUUUAUUGUAAUAUAUAUAUAUGGUAUAUUUAUACAUAGUAAUAGAUGACAUGGGUUAACUGGCAUUACAGGAGGCCUUUUUAAUGGAAGCAUAUAGGUGGACGGGCAUCCCAACCAGUGUGGUUAGUGAUACCAUUCCCGGUUGGUGGGUAAUUGUAAUGGAUGGACAGAGGAAGACUACUUCUCAGGGCCAUGUGCUUCCAGUACACUGACUGAUAACAUUCCCACAUGCAUCCUGUUCAGACACACACGGGGUUGCAUGGGCGUUGCAGUUUUGGUAGGCAGUCCUGUUGGGGUCCUUUAGUGCUUCUAGGGGGAGCUGCUGGAGGCAGCUGGAAUCUCUUGUUCCACCUGGCCCGGAAGUGCUUCCUAGAAACAAUGUAAUGGCACUGGAAGUACUUCCAGAUCCAGUAUAAAAGAAAUCGCUGUGCUUCACCUGGGAGUCAGAGUCAGGAGAGCAGUCGGAUGAAGCUCACCUGGGAAGAGUGGAGAAAGGAAGAAUUGUAUUGUUGGAGCUGUGGAGUGCGUCUACAAGUAUUUGUGAUAAUAAAUUAAUUUAUUUUCACCUUGAACUGUGCCUGUAAAGUUGUGUCAAAGGUUUGGAGCUCUGAGACGCCCCGUGGAGUCCGUGAUAUAUAUAUAUAUAUAUAUGAUCAUAUAUAAAUAUAUAUAGUAUAUGGUAUACAGUAUCUGAAUUGUUAAAUAAAAGCAGAAAUAAUCUGAGAUAUAUCAUCUUUCUAAUGUAUCAAAAUUCAACCAGCAGAGCUGAAAUGCAGAACAAGAUGAAGGAUUACACAAGGACAUUUGAAAAUAUCGUAGAAAUUAAAAGAGCAGCACAUGUGCAACCAUUAUGGUAUGACCAUGUCUUUAUGUGCUGGUCAUAUCCACCAUCCUUUCAUUUAGCCAUCAUAUUAAUUUUCAACUCCAUUUUUUCCUAUUCACUAAUCUAAAAAGGAUUGGGUGUUUUUAUUCAACAUUUAGGUUUCGCUUCUUCUCUUCCUUUAGUUUAGCGCUGUUCUUUUUCAGAAAUUUCUUUGGACUUGGAUUAUGACUGCUGUUUCAGGGGUUAUCUGUUGUAGUGGAUGGCCAGCGUCAUAUUCUGGCCCUCACCCACAGGCCGCCAGGAGGAGCUCUCCCGCGAACAUGGACGGGCCCCAAGUUCCAGCAGGGCCUCAUGGACUAUGU